GUUUCGAACCUAUCAAAUUCACGAGAUGCACGUGUGAUUUAUUAUACGUUAGGCCACGGUCUCCUCUUCUCUUGCCAUCUGCAUUUCAAAAAGGGCACAAAAUUUAAAAUGUCUAAUCCUGGCGUAGCUGAAGCUGCAAAAAAGCGUAUAUAUGUUGGAAAUUUGGGUACAAAUGUCACAACAGAGGAUUUAACACAGUUGUUUGGUCUUGGAGCCACACCUUAUCUACGCCAAAGCUGCAGUGUAGAUCUUGCAACUUGCGAGAAAACUGGCAAGUCUAAAAACUUUGCUUUUGUUAAUGUCCCAGAACAUGUUCAUAGUGAGCUUAUGAAUCUUAAUGGAAUUGAGUUUUACGGUCGUCAACUAGUUAUAGAAGAAGCAAAAACAAAAUCAGAUGACGAUAAAGAAAAUAAAGAGAAAAAAGAGAAAAAGACUUUUAGGGGCAAUACUAAUACUGCUAAAAGAGGAACUGGAAACUUUCGCAGGGGAAAUAAUAGAAAAUGGGGCCCACGUCCAAAAAGUAAAUUUAAUCUCCCAACUUUAGAACCAGAUCAAAUUUUUCAUCUUGUUGAUGGUGGUGUGAAUUUAACGAACCCCAAGUUUCACCAAAAUAUGGAUUUUAUUGUUGCUCGUGCUUUAGCUGCAGGUGUUCAAAAAAUGGUUAUAACUGGACUUAAAAUGAAUGGUAAUAAAUCUGCUGUCGUUAUGGCAAAAACAAGACCAAAUAUUUUGUAUGCAGCUGUUGGUAUUCAUCCUCAUUUUGUAAAAGAUGAUUGGAAUGAUAAAUCAGCAGAUAUAUUAGAAGAAAUGAUUAAGUUGACUGAAUGUGUUGCUGUAGGUGAAUGUGGUCUUGACUUUAAACGCGAUUAUUCUCCACGAGAUAUUCAAGAAGCUGCUUUUAGAAAGCAGGUACAACUUGCUAUACGAUAUCAAAAAGCAAUUCUUGUUCAUGAACGUGAUUCACAUCAAGCUAUCUUAGAUGUACUAAAAGACUUUGAAUCUUCAUUACCCCCAGUUGUUAUUCACUGCUUCACUGGAACAGCUGAGGAAAUCAAAACAUAUGUCGAACGAGGAUAUUUCAUAGGCAUUACUGGAUUUGUUUGCAAGGAAAAACACGGCCAAGCACUUCGUGACGCCAUAAAAGAUGGAACUCUGCCGUUAAACAGGAUUAUUGUACAGACUAACGCUCCAUACAUGACACCGAAUACUCCGCGUGAUGAAAUAGAUCCGGUCAGUCAAACUUUGUUAGACCAUUGUUAUUCCGAUAAUGAACCGUGUACGCUUUCAAUUAUAAUUCGAUGUAUUGCUAAAUGUUUAUCUCAAGAACCACGAACGAUUGCUGAUGAAUGUACAGAAACUGCAAUGAAAGUCUUCCGAUUUCAGAAAACAGAAGUAAAUUUUGAAUGAUAAUUUAAUUUGUCUCUUAGAAAUGCAGGUGGCAGAGUAAUUUGAUGCAGCCGGCCUUUAAAUUCUGAGAGUUUCUUUAAUAUUCGUGUUCAAAAUUGUUUAUUUUUUCUACGUUCUACGUAGUUGUGUUAGUGUUCCGUUAACCUUUUUAAAAAAUCCUUUAGUUUUUUAAGCUGCAUCACAUGUUUGCUACUGCCUAAUUGUAUCCAUUCGGAUAUGCGGUAUUGGCGCCGUUUUGUACACAUUUUAUAAACGGAAUUUCUUUUAAUUUUUUUUCAGAGAAAAUUUAUUUUAUGUACUCUACCGAACCAAGUAAAUGCAAUAAAAGCAAAGGAUUAUAAA